AUGUCUCGCCCUCAAAACGUCGGAAUCAAGGUGCGUGCCUGCUCAACGCUGUGCCCUCGCAAUCUUUGACGUUGCCGGCUUGGGAACUUCCAUGCCGAAGCGCACGCUGCUCACCUUCUCGAUCCUUCUCCUCUGCUCCGCAUUCAUCACCAGGGCUUCGAAAUCUACUUUCCCAAACGAGUGCGUUGGCUGUCUGGCUGCAGAGCGCCGCACAUGGGCUGCGCAGGUACCAACAACUGACCACCUCAACCGCCCUCGCUUCCCUGCAUGUCCCGCAGUGCAUUUCUCAAGAGGAGUUGGAGCAGUUUGAUGGCGUCUCGAAGGGCAAGUACACCAUCGGCUUCGGCCAAAAGUCCAUGGCCUCGUGCGAUGACACGGAGGACAUCAACUCCUUUGCUCUGUCUGGUGAGUAGGCCGUCUGCGUGGACGAUGCUCUCAACUUCAGCCGGUCGGUCAAGCUUUCAGGCUCUUCGAACAAACAUGGCCUUCUUGUCUUCCGGGCUAUCUGACUGGCUGGCUACAAGUGUCCACGUCCACGCAAUCCGCAUCGACUCGGCUGCUGGUGGAGCUUCUGCUCACUCGACUCUUGCGCCUUGGACGCCUGCCCCCUCAGUUACGCAAGGGCUGCUCGAAAAGUACUCGAUCGACCCAAAGAGCAUCGGCCGUCUGGAUGUGGGCACCGAGACAAUCAUAGACAAGUCCAAAUCUGUCAAGACGAUGCUCAUGACGCUCUUUGCACAAUCUGGCAACACCGACAUUGAAGGUCUGGACAGCAAGAAUGCCUGCUACGGAGGCACAGCUGCGCUCUUCAACGCCGUCAACUGGGUGGAGAGCAGUUCGUGGGACGGUAGAGACGCCAUCGUCGUUGCUGCCGAUAUUGCAAUCUAUGCCCAAGGACCCGCUAGACCAGUGGGCGGUGCGGGAGCAGUUGCGCUGCUGAUCGGACCGGAUGCGCCUUUGGUCUUCGAACGUGAGUGCUGCUCUGUGCUGGGCGAAGGGAUACUUCGAGAGCUGCGAAGCAGAAGAAGGACAGGAGGGUAGGGACGCACACGCGAAGUGGCGCGUCCAUGGGUCGCUCGCCUGUUGUGGAAGUCGGCUCCUCUUUGGUCAAGGUCAAUGCGCGCUGGGACAAGUCGUGCACGACUCGGACGCUUUCAGCGGCGUGCCGGUCUGUAGUUCAUCGACGCGCUCACAGCAGCUGACGCAUUUCGCCAUCUUAUUCCUGCUCUCCUCGCAGCCGUCCAUGGAACCCACAUGGCCAACUCCUGGGACUUUGUAAGUAAUGGUCUCGCACAACACGUUGCGCGCUCCAGCUUGACUCACUUGAUUUCGAUGGAAUUCGGUAUUCGCUCACGCAGUACAAGCCAGACUUGUCUUCGGAGUAUCCCAAGGUGGACGGGCCGGAGACGCUGCAGACCUACCUCGGAGCACUGGACGCCGCGUACGAUGCCUAUCGACGUAAAGCAGCCAAAUUCAACGCUGGCGUUGCUCUCGCGAAGGGAGAGUCUGCUGCACCAAAUGGAAGCGCUGUUGACCCUCGUGCAUCGGUCAAACUGGACAACUUCGAUUUUGCCAUCUUCCACUCUCCGUACUCCAAGCUCGUACAAAAGGGUUUUGGUCGUGUCGUGAGUAAUCAAGAGCAGCCUGACCCAAAUCUUUUCCAAACUAGACGAGCUCAGAACUUCCACCUUCUCUGCCGCGCAUCAGCUCUACAACGACUUCUUGGCUGACCCCAAGAACCCAGCGUACGAGAGCGUUCCAGCGGAGUACGCGCAGCUCGAUCGCAAGAGCACCAUCACGAACAAGGACGUCGAGAAGUUUUUUGCAGGAUUCGGCAAGGAGGCACAGUCAAAGAAGCUUGAACCCACAAUGGACACGGUCAGGCGCGUCGGCAACAUGUACACAGCCUCGCUGUAUGGCGGUCUGGCCAGUCUUCUUAGCAACGCCUCGAGCUCUUCAUUGCAGGACAAGAGAAUCUUGCUCUACUCCUUCGGCUCAGGCUGCGCAGCAAGCGUAUUCGCGAUCAAAGUCAAGGGUGACACGAGCACUUUGGCCAAGAACCUCGACCUCCACGCCAGACUUGACAAGAUGGAGAAGGUGCCUUGUCAAACGUACGUCGACGCCUUGCACCUCCGCGAAGGCACUCACAACGCUGUUCACUACACCCCCAAAGGCGACAUCAACAACCUUUGGCCUGGCACAUACUUCCUUGAAAAUGUUGACGGCGAGUACCGGCGCACGUACGGCCGCACCCCCAAGGCAUAG